GAGUCACCCAUUCGUCAUUCGUUCACGGGCAGCGAGGGAUCACCCAGCUGCUUCUUGUCGUGUGUCGUGUCAUCUGAAAGUCAACUUGUUCGAGACAUGUUUCUCUCGAGAGAAAUGCGGUGUUUGUUUUUCUUUCUGGUGGUGGCAAUGUCAUGGCUCCCGGAGAACUGCGUGGCUGACGACGAAGGCGCUGCAUCUGACGACGGAGGCGCUGCAGCUGACGUCGACGGCCAGGAAGGGAGCGGAGGCGGCGAGGCAGAGGCGUGCGAGCCCGCCUUGGCUGACGAGUGCUUUGACGACAUGCUCGAGAACCUCCUGUGCCACCUCCUGUCGCCGGUGGGACGCAACUGCACCAUGAGGAACGCCAGGGAUCUGUGUGUAGGCUUCGACGACGCCCUCAACUGCACCUCGGGCAUCAUCGACUCGUCCUGCAGCGAGAAGGAAGGUCGACUCACCUUCGACACCUGGCUCAUCGGGCUGCGGGCCGUGGAGCUCGACCUGUGUCAGGGGGAGGCGCUGGAGCCCAUCCAGGUUCUUCUGGAUAACACGCGGUGCUGGAGCUUCAAAAAAUUUAUUUCAUGUAUUGAGACUGAGGCGAACAUCAUGCACGUGUCCGAUCUGCUGACUACCGACCUCGACGCUUAUGAAUGCAACCGUCUCCAGCUGGCAGUUGGUGUUUGCAACGCUAAGGCGGAGAAGAACAGGUGGUUCUGCAAGGACAAGGCGGAGGUUCUGCACAGGGCCCUCGCCGUCUUCUUCUCAGCCACGAACUGCGGGGCGCUGACCUCUUCUUGUCGAAGCUUGAAGCUCGGAGGCACAACCGGGGCGACGGUGCUGUCCACGCUGGUGGUGAUGGCGGUGCUGCUCGCUCUACUGGGCAUCUUCUUGGUCAGGAAGGGCGUCCUGGCUCUCAACAGCACGAGAAGACGGCACGAGGACCCGCUCGACUCCGACGGCCCGCAGGAGGACUACAGCAGGCUCACUUAGGGACGUCCUUGGGCUUUGGUGUGUGUUUGUUUUUUUGUUUGUGUGUGUUUGCGAGGGGGAAGGGGUGGAGGGGAUGCUUGUGCGUGUGUGUUUGUAU